GCUACAAGUUCUUUCAUAACAUGCGUACAUAUCUGUCCUACUUGGUACUGUACACCUAUAGUAAAUCUUCAUAUAUUUGUUGUCACCAAAGAAUUGCGAAAGAUUGAAAUCCCCGAAGAACUAGGCUCACCUACGCGCCAAAGUUACAAUAAGCACCCUUAAAUCUCUUCAAAACUAUCUUUUCCGAUCCAAUGAAUGACAACAUACUCGAGCCCUUCGACGAUGUCGCCGACUCUACAGACUGGCUAUCAACGCCGCUUUCUGGCCUUGCUGCCGUAGAAGCUGCAUUGCGAUGUCAAGUCUGCAAAGACUUCUACAAGACACCGAUGCUUACCUCCUGCAAUCAUACCUUCUGCUCAAUAUGCAUUCGACGCGCGCUUUCUAACGACGGAAAAUGCCCCCUAUGUCGCACAUCCGAGCAAGAAAUGAAAUUACGUAGCAACUGGUCCAUGGAAGAGGUUGUAGCAACAUUUACGAAGACCCGUACAAGCAUUCUACUUUUCGCAAGGUCACAAGGGGUAGUAGCUGAGCCGUCGAAGAGGAAGUUAGAGGAGACGGAGGAUUCCGAAUCAGGUAUCCAGCCAUCAGGUAAGAGAUUGCGAUCUUCCACAAGAUUAAGCAAGUCGAGAAGUAUGGAGGCGACUUCCGAGAUGGCGCGCUUGGAGGCCGACAUACCAGACCAAGAUCAAAGUAAUUUCGAACCUGACGACGGGCUUGUUGCAUGUCCUAUCUGUUGGCAACGCAUGAAAGCAGCCCAGGUCGACAGGCAUAUUGAUAUGUCAUGUCCGAGCGAACCACAACCGCAAACAACACCUUCGAGCCAACCCUCCCGAUCUAUGAGCAUACCGGUUUCAUCUCCCAAAAAGUUACCACCUAGAAAUGUGGAUCGAUUGCCUGCAAUCAACUACUCAAUGAUUAAAGAGCAACAACUACGAAAGAAGCUAUCAGAGCUGGGCAUAUCGACAGCAGGAAGCCGACAGAUGUUAGAGAAGAGACAUAAGGAGUGGAUGACAAUAUGGAACGCAAAUUGCGACUCGCAAUACCCGAGGCAGAAACGAGAACUAUUACACGACCUAGACUCGUGGGAGCGUACGAUGGGUGCCAGGGCACCUGUAUUUUCAAAGUCAAUUACCACCGGGGUGCAAAUUAAAGACAAGGACUUCGAUGGCGCUGCGUGGUCUACUAAACACGACGAUUCGUUCAAGGGCCUAAUAGCUAAUGCGCGACGAAACAGAGCUUUGGCAGAGCAAAAAGCUAGCGAAGGCGAUAAAUGUACGGAGGCGACGCAGCAAACCGUUGAUGUCGGAAACGGAGGAAAGGAAAUCGAGGAAGGUGAUGCUGUUCCGCAGCUGGAUGUAGGGAUGCCAAUAUCAUCACUAUCCUGGGAAGAACGGCAAGGCCCUGUCGGUCACGCAUCAGCAAGUAGAGUAAUUGAUUUAACAGGUAAUGGGGUUUCCCCAGAUGGGGGCAGCGGGACGGUAGAUCUAGAUACUUCAUCCAAACCGACAGUGUUAUCAUGAAUUAUAUAUUGCUUGCUCCAAUGGAAGAGGGAA